AACCUCGACAACCCACGUCCGUGGGCAAACGACGGCCUCCCUCGCACAAUGGACCUCAAAAGUGAUUCGAGCUUCACCGGACAUAUCAAUCGCAGCCGAACAGCCCGGCGCCUGCUCAUGGCGCGCGACAUGUCCGACCCAGCACUCUACGUCACUUGCCUCUUGUUCUCACCCAUGACCAGCACGCUAUGUCAAAACAUGUAGCUGACCCUGUCCGUCCAGGCUGUCAGAUACAAGGUCACGCACGGAUCGUUAUUCUAGUGUCAACAUUCUACGAACCAGCUUGAUGGGGCCCUGCAAGCUACCCUUUGAUGGCUAGUAUGGUCUGUGCAUUGCAGGGGGUUUCCGCCGCCCCCAUGUGCAAUCACUAUCUCCGUAGACACUUGUCCGCCUUUUUGCUUUGCUGCACUCCUUGGCCAUCAUUUGGUGAAAUGCUGAGCAAUUCGGAGUCCAUCACAUGGUUUCAGCCACGGGCCAAUAAUGUUCAGAGGCGCACAAUUAACACCAGCUGAAAGACUCCAACAGGCGACCUCUUAAACCCCUGCCCUAUCCAAACACCCAGGCUUUCCUGCCAGUCCGACAAGCCAAUGGCCAAAACGGUUUGCUAGCUACCUUUGAGAAGCCCGUUGGAGCGUCUUCCGGCUGACUGCGCACUUGUCCUUACCCGUCCUUUCCGUUUGCAUAGCCGACAUGACAUGCAGUAAGUCGACGAUGCAUCCGCAGUAUGACCCACACUCUGCUUCGUAGUCUACAUCAUCGCCUUACAUCUUGCUAUAUAGGCCACUGUCGCCUGGUCG